AUGGGAGACAACGAUGACUGGAGAAACGAGCUCGAUAUCGCUGGGCUUAGUCUGAUCGAUGAGGAUGAUAACCUCCUCAUAUCGUCGUUUCCCGAUCCCACCGGCUAUGAAUUUUCAGACACUGAGAAAGAAGACAGAGGUCUUAAUCUAUUUGGGGAUACACAUGAUUGUGAUGAAGAGAGACUGGUCUCUACUACUGUAGAAGGAAAGGGGGAAGAAGAAGAAGUGAUUCAGCCUCAUGAAUCUCGUGAACCUCAUAAGAUGGUGAUGAAGUAUAACCUGCGCAAAAGAGUUCUGGAACCUGAUGAACUGUGCGACAUGAUCGAAAGCAAUCAUAUGGGUGAAAGGAAAACUUUACCGAGCAUUCAAGAGGAUGUGAACAGAUCAACGGAGUCCAUGUCUACAUUGCAAAGUGACUGCACUGUGGAGACCAGUCAGGAUUAUGUUUUGUUUGAAGAUGUAAGAGCGUCAAUCUCAAGGUCUGCUAUAUCAUCUCCUGCAAAGAGUAACGAAUCUGGAGAGAGAGAGGCAGCACCUAGCCCAAGAAAAGGUAAGUCUCAAAACAACAUUAGGCUUUGGUUUGAUCUUUUCACUCCCUCCCUGAUGAAAGAUGUGUUUGUUUUGUUUGGUUCUCAGAUGGAACCCAGUGCUAUUCGUAAAAGGCCGAGUAUCAGGGCACAAGGAGUAGGGAAGGUGACAAAGCAGCUUGUUGCUGCAAAGGAACACAAAAGAUCCAUUUCCGAGCCACCCUAUGGACUCAGCAAAAGUGUAAGAGCUUCGGUGGAUGUUAACAAAACCAAACAGGAAAACAAUCCCAAACUAACUGGAGGUAAAGAGCCAUUGGCUCCCAGAGUUGCAUUGUCAAGGAGGAUUCGACCCAUUGUAACAAAACCUGUAGUGCCUGAUAUACGUUCUUCAGUUGCCUCCAAGAAUGAAUUGACAUCUUCUUGCUCUUCACUCGAGAGCUGUGUCAGCUUUUCGUCAACCGCUUCUAACAAGUCUUCUCUAAAUCCGGUAAAUCAGAAGAAAGCUCAGAGUUUAAGAAUAGCUUCUCCUGUUUUGGCAAAUGGAUCUACAUCCAGAGCUGCAUCUAAAAAUAUAGUCCAGCCUAGAGUUCCAUCGCUCGCAGCCAGUAGGACAUACAAGUCCAGGCUUGCCUCCAUUGUAUCACCUCUUAGUGCUUCCGUUGACUGGUCAUUUAAAUCACCGCGACCUUCUACACCUAAUAAAAUGGUUAAAGGUAGCAAGAAAACUGCUUCUGGUGAAAGAAGUCCGGCAGUUGAUGAUACGACACAGACCUUGAAGCCUCUCAACAGUUCUAAAGAUGUAUCUGCUGUCCAAGUUGACCCUAAGUCAGAACAACAAGGCAAUAAACGUUGUUCAGCUGUCAAUGGUUCAGCUUCCAUGGCGAAACCAACAGGACUCCGUGUGCCAUCACCAAAGGUCGGCUACUUUGACGGAGCGAGGAGCAGCGUUGCACGAACACCCACAGGACCUUGUACUGGUCCGGUAAGUGGCUUGGGAACAGCUGCUAGUAGGACAAAGCCUGGAAAGUCCCAACCCGCAAGAUCUCCUCUUAUACAAGAAUCCACAAACGCUAAAUUAAAGGCGAGUCCUGUUUCAAGGAGUCCGAGGCUGAUUGUCUCAGCUUCUGCGUCUUCUCCAAAGCUUACCAACAAAAUGUAUUCGAAAGUCAGUGCAGAAGAACAACUCAACGGCAAUGCGGAGGAAGGUUAUCAAGCACAGUGA